UGCCUGCUGCCUCACGCCGUGCGCGAGAAGCAGGAGCUCAUGGCAUUGUGUUUGAAGGACCUAGAAGAGAGAAAGAAGCAGGAAAUUGAUAAUAGAAGGGCUGUAGAGCAAGCCACUGUUGACCUGAAGGUGCAUGCCACUAUGAGCAAAAGGCAGCUGUCAGACAAGAUGACAGAACUCCAGCUACUGCUUCGGCAAGAGGAGAGUCUGGCAAAAAGCUUCAUUGAUGACAAGACUGAGCACGCCCUUCAAGCACAUGAUCAGCAGUUGGAGACCUGUGGAGAAAAGCUUGGAGCCCUUGAGACUUUCUCUCAUAGGAUCAGACAAAUACAACAGCAGAGUGAUCCCGUUCAGUUACUGCAGGACUGCACUGAAAUUGAAAAGGAAAUGCAGGAGCACAGGAGCCUAAUAGAACAGUGGCAUCCAAUACCACUCUCAUUUGAGCACAUCAUCAACCAUUAUAAGCAUCUCAUGGCAGCUCUUCAGUCCAUUCUACGGAAACCACUAGAAGUUCGGCUUAAAAAAGACAUUUUUAGUAGUCUUAACGCCACUGCCAAGCAGGAGCCUGGAACACUGUUGAAAACCGCGCCUUGUGUUGAUCGAUUGCUGUUCUUAAAACAUGCAAGAUGUCCGACAUGGGAAUACGACAGCCUUCAUCCAAGGCUGAAGCUGUCUGAUGAUCGUCUUGUAGUGAGCUGUAACUGGAGAAAGAUAUUUUACCCAGGGGGUCCCCAGAGAUUUGAUAAAUUAUGGCAAGUGCUAAGCAGAGAUGCAUUUUUCUCUGGGAGCCAUUACUGGGAAGUUGACCUACUACAUGCUGGAGCGGGAUGGUGGAUUGGUGCCGCCUACCCUUCCUUCUGCAGGAAAGGAGACUCUGAAACUUGCCGACUAGGCUGGAACAGAGCAUCCUGGUGCAUUAAAAGGUUUGAUAUUGAAUACUGGGCAUUUCAUAAUGGGGAGCGGAUUCCCAUCGUGACAGAAGAUGAUCCCGAUCGAAUUGGCAUUUUUCUGGAUUAUGAAGCGGGAGUACUUUCGUUCUACAACGUCACUGAUGGCAUGGCUCAUCUGCACACCUUCCGCUGCAAGUUCACAGAGCCAGUUUACCCAGCCUUGAGGCUCUGGGAAGGGUCCAUCGCAACAUACAAAUUGACAUAGGGAACGGAGAUAAAGCCUGCUUCUUCACAGUUUUACUAUGAAAGCUGUUGUAGCAAUGAUCCACGCUAAUUAAUUUCUGUCAUGAUAGACCUUUCUGUGUUGCUUUUAAAAGGUAACAGGAGUAUGUAUUUCCAGCUUAGUACUGAUCACCUUCCAAAAUAGAAUCUCAGAUAGCUACUACUGUAAUGCUGUGACUUCAUCAAAUCAUAUGCUAUACCAAGCGCAGUUAGAGAAAACUAACUGUAAUGUUGAAUGUAUAUGUAUUUUCAAUAGGGGAAGGUGAUUUGCCAUUUAUAAAUGUCAAUGUACUACCUAAAGUGCCAUACAUCCUAUUUUUUGUAUUCAGUUCUGACUUGCAAAUGGAAAAAGGCUGGUGGGCACUUGAAAGCCUAUGGACAACUCAGAUUUAAACUGAGAAAUAGCUAUCCUUUUUAUUAAUUCCCUCUUUUGCGUCCGGAUGGAGAAACUGCAAUCACGUUGGCUCAAGAUUCAAGUUCACAUACUGUAUAACGUUAGCUUUGACAAGGUCAGAUUUUGGUGAUAAAUACAUUAAAUGAAGCAGUUCAUAGCGAGCUGUCAUCUCAGAGAAAAUCAAAGAGUGGCAUUAACUGUUGGAGAGGUCCCUCUAGCCAGACCCGAGGUAGGAACGUCUGUAGCCACACUAACACCCUUUAGCUGGCCUUAUUCAGACACAGAGUCUGAACUGGGCUUCUCGAUAGCCUUAUUCUUCCUCUACAGAGUGAAGAUGAAAAAAAUAGUUGCAUACCACCACCCUAUACAAGGUGCAAUGCUUGGAGGAUCGUCACCACGCAUGCAAUACACACACUAGAUCAGUAGGGCAGUUGUGGUUUAAAUGAUUAUUUUUGUUUCCUAUCUCCAAAGACUGACUGUUGCUGGGUAAAGGUAUAUGCACAGAAAACUAGGAGAGACAGCUUGCAAGGGCUGCUCUUCACGUGAUGCUUCUGUAUCUUAGCACUGCUGCAUAAUGAUAUUGACUUUUUUUUUUUUUUUCAAUAUAUACUAAAGUUCAGAAAAUUUUUGGGACCUACAUUUACAGCAGUCUCUGGGGCCAGCCCUACUGCAGCGAACAA